GUACGCCCGAUUUCCAAUUACGUAUUUUGAAUGUAGACUUUGCUGAGUGGAGAAAAGUGUAAGCUAUGUAUGUUACACAUGCAAGAAAAUAGCUUGUUCCAUGCCAUGUUUCCAGCGAUUAAAGAAGUGCCUUGGCUGUCCUCAUGACCUCGUAAUUUAAAUGACCAUUCCACCCCUAAUUGGAAUGUGUCAUUAUUCAUUAUAUAAGAGAUGAAGGAAAAAAUUCGCCAUCUUAAUUCCAAAUUCGAAGAGACACGAUGUUCAUGUUCUUAGUUAUUCUGGUGGUUCACGUUGAUGCGCGGUGCGGUGUGUCAGAGGGGGUAGUGCAGUGCCGGGACUGGAGGGAGUUCGAAAGGGGAAAUUACGCGAUGGCCAACUUCCUCAUCCUGGAGAGGGCGAUGGGAGAGAUCAACAUUGAGGGAUAUCCAGCACUGACCAGGCUGGUCAUCCACGACCCACAAGCUAAUUGCGAUGACAUCACAAAAAACCCCUGGACGACGGUCUGCAUAGGCUUCCUCACUUGUCAGGUAGCCCAUUACAGCAGUGGGGUCAAAGACAUUGUUGCAACAACCACCGUCAGAACCGUCGAAUUGGCAGCUAUUACAUUCGACAAACCUUGGAUAUAUGUUAUCUUUGGAAAAACGGUUGUGGUUGUCUUGAUUUUGUCGGUGAUGAUCGUUUGUGCGAUUAAGAGAAUGUUUGAGGAGACGGGUGGACAUCGAGUCCCAGUCGCUAACCGAGUUUGA